CUGUGGGCGGGAGCGGGCGCGGUCGGCGCUGCGGGGCUGCCGGGCUCGGUCAGCCCGCGGAGGCAGAGCCCCUUUGUCCCUCCCGGGCUGGUCCCCGCCGGCGCUCCCGCGUCCCGCUCCGCAGCCCCGCCGCGCCGCCUCCUGCUCCGCACGUGUAGCUUCCAAAAACAUCUUCCCUUCAGGCUGAGAUGGGAUCAGUCUGGUGGCUGCUGUUCUGCAUCCCCAUGCUGUCACCCACAUCUGCUGGGGGUGUGAUCCGAGUUUAUUACCUGGGGAUCCACGAGGUGGACUGGAACUAUGCUCCAACAGGGAGGAAUGUGCUUGCUAACCAGAGUAUUGCACGUAACAGCCAGGCCUCAGCAUUCCUGCAGUCUGGCAAAGACAGGGUGGGAAGCACCUACAAGAAAGCUGUCUAUAAGCAGUACACAGACUCCACGUACACCACUGAGAUCCCCAAGCCUGUCUGGCUGGGGUUCCUUGGGCCUGUCAUCCGAGCAGAAGUGGGGGAUACCAUUCAAGUACACCUAAAAAAUUUUGCUACUCGGCCAUAUACAAUCCAUCCUCAUGGUGUUUUCUACAAAAAGGACUCUGAAGGAUCCCUGUAUCCUGAUAUGUCCCCCCAGGAUCAGAAGAAGGAUGAUGCUGUUUUCCCAGGAAGGAAUUACACCUAUACUUGGACUGUCCCUGAAGAUCACAGUCCAACUGAUGAUGACCCAAACUGCUUGACCUGGAUCUACCACUCUCAUAUUGAUGCACCAAGGGACAUUGCAUCUGGAUUAAUUGGGCCUUUACUUACAUGUAAAACAGGAACGCUGACUGGCAGCUCUCAAAGACGUUGGGAUGUGGAUGUUGAUUUUUUUCUGAUGUUCAGUGUGGUGGAUGAGAACCUAAGCUGGUACCUGGAUGAGAACAUUGCAUCAUUCUGCACAGAUCCUGGCUCUGUGGACAAAGAAGAUGAAGAAUUUCAGGAAAGCAACAAAAUGCACGCUAUUAAUGGUUAUGUGUUUGGCAACCUCCCUGAGCUGAAGAUGUGUGCUGGGGAUUCUGUUUCAUGGUACCUCUUUGGGAUGGGCAAUGAAAUUGAUGUUCACACAGCCUACUUCCAUGGAGAGACACUCAAAAUCCGGGGCCACAGGACAGACGUGGCCAGCCUCUUCCCAGCCACUUUUGUUACAGCAGAUAUGAUCCCCAGGAACCCUGGGAGAUGGCUGCUGAGCUGCCAGGUCAAUGAUCACAUAAAAGCUGGGAUGGGGGCACUCUAUGAGGUCCGGCCCUGCUCUCGGCAAGCUGCAGCCCCCAGCCUGGGAGGGAGAGUUCGGAGAUACUUCAUAGCUGCCAAGGAGGUGCAGUGGGACUAUGGCCCCUCAGCCAUUGACCAGCUCACUGGGAAGCAGCUCACUGACCCUGACAGUCCUGCUGAGCAGUAUUUCAAGCGUAGCCUCUACCGCAUUGGGGGUGUCUAUUGGAAGGCAAAGUAUGUGGAAUACACUGAUGAGAGCUUUCGUGAGGAAAAGCAGCAGUCAGAAGAAGAGAAACACCUUGGAAUACUUGGUCCAGUGAUCAAAGCUGAAGUUGGAGACACCAUCCUGGUGACAUUUUUUAACAAAGCCUCGUGGCCCUUCAGCAUCCAGCCACAUGGAGUUUCCUAUGGGAAGGCAUCAGAAGGGAUGCGGUACCACGAUGGCCUGUCUCAGAGUGGGGUUUCUGUGGCACCACUGCACAACUUCACCUACCGCUGGACCGUGCCAAAGCACGUGGGGCCCACGUCCAGUGACCCUCCCUGCCUCACCUGGCUGUACAGCUCAGCUGCAAAUCCUGUCAAAGACUCCAGCUCAGGCUUAGUGGGGCCUCUGCUCAUCUGCAAGGCAGGCACUCUGGAUGACAACAACAAGCAGAAAGGGAUCGACAAAGAAUUUUAUCUUCUCUUCAACGUGUUUGACGAGAACCUCAGCUGGUAUUUAAAUGCCAACAUAAAGUACUACCUGAGGAUGGAAGAGACAUCUGUGGAAAAGGAUGAUGACUUUGAGGAAUCCAACAGGAUGCAUGCCAUCAAUGGACUUAUGUUUGGUAACUUGCCUGGGCUGGACGUGUGUGAAGGAGACAGAGUGUCCUGGCACCUCCUGGGCUUGGGCAGCGAAGCAGAUGUCCACGGAGCUGUGUUUCAGGGAAACACCAUGCAGAUCAACGGCAUGCGGAGAGAUUCAGCCAAUCUGUUCCCCCACACAUUUGCCACUGCUUUCAUGCAGCCUGAUAACAGUGGGACUUUUGAGAUCUACUGCCAGACGAGCAAUCACUACCAGUCUGGGAUGAGGCAGCAGUACAGCGUUUCCAGGUGUGGCAGGACGGGCUCUGCCCAUCACUACAGGGGCGUGCGGACGUUCUACAUCGCGGCGGAGGAGCUGCUCUGGGACUACGCGCCCGACCGCAGCUGGGAGAGGGAGCGCCACAACCACUCUGCACAGAGCUAUGCUGAUGUGUUUCUGAGCAACGAGAAUGGACUGCUCGGCUCCAGGUACAAGAAAGCAGUUUACAGGGAGUACACAGAUGGCACUUUCCAAACCCCCAAGGCCAGGAUAAGUGGUGACGAGCACCUAGGGAUACUGGGCCCUUUUCUGUGGGCGGAGGUGGGUGAUAUUCUCAACGUCGUGUUCAAGAACAACGCCUCACGACCCUACUCCGUCCAUGCCCACGGGGUGCUGGAGCAGCAGGCUGGACAGCCCCAGGUGGCAAACCCUGGUGACAUUGUGACAUACCGGUGGGAAGUUCCUGAGAGAGCUGGUCCGGGGCCAAAUGACUCAGCCUGUGUUCCUUGGAUCUACUACUCUGCAGUGGACCCAGUAAAGGAUAUGUACAGUGGGCUGAUCGGGCCCCUGAAGGUCUGCCGGAGAGGGGCCCUGCGGUCCAGUGGGAGCAGGAAGGAUGUAAAGAGGGAGUUUGCUCUGCUCUUCCUGGUUUUUGAUGAAAAUCAGUCCUGGUACUUGGAGGAGAAUGUGGAACGUUUCAGUAAGGGAAAUCACAAGGAGAUCAACCUGCUGGAUGAGAAAUUUGUGGAAAGCAACAAAAUGCACGCAAUCAAUGGCAGGCUCUAUGCCACCUUGCCUGGGCUGACCAUGUAUGAGGGAGAGAGGGUGAACUGGUACCUGCUGGGAAUGGGUCACGAGGUUGAUGUCCACACAGUCCAUUUUCAUGCUGAGACCUUCCUAUACAAGAAUGGCAAAAGCUACAGAGCAGAUGUUGUGGAUCUGUUCCCUGGGACCUUUGAAAUGGUGGAGAUGCUGGUUGGGAACCCUGGGACGUGGCUGCUUCACUGUCAUGUGUCUGACCAUAUCCAUGCUGGCAUGGAGAUCCUCUUCACUGUCCUGCCUAGAGGAGAGUCAGAGCUGGAAGACUUGACUGCCACCCCAGGGUUGCUGCUUGAGGAUGAGGACGAUUACCAGAAGGUGAUGCUGUUUGGAUCUAAGGUGACCCAAGAGCAGAUAGAGGCCACAGUCAUCUCUCUGGCUGUUGUAGGAGUGCUGCUGCUCCUGGCUGCUGGUGUGCUCCUGGGAGCAGUCAUCCAUCUCGAGAGGCAGAGGAGGUUACGGCGCAAUCGGAGAUCCAUCCUGGAUGAUGGAUUCAAACUCAUGUCUCAAAAGAAUUCUGGUCUCUGAAAGCCAUGUACAAACACUGGGCUGUGUGCUUGGAGCAGGGGCUGGAUCCUUGUCCACAGCAAAGAUUUUGGGGCAUCAUUUCAAUUGUGCACUGUACUUCUAGGAGCUGAGGAGGGAAAGCUGGAGCCCUGACCUCUUCAUAUAUUCUCCUCAGCUCUCUGUAAGGAAAAUCCAGGAGAGAUCCAAGGACUCUGUGAACUGACUGAAGACAAAUAAUGUUUAAAAAGGUUCUUCUGGAAUACUCUCCUUCCCCACGGAAGAGAGGGGACAUUUUCUUCUCUCCAAAACAGCUCCAAUUGGUCUUUCUUAGCAGAAUAGCUUAGGCCAGAUUCCAGUCUUGCUCCAUUGCCAGAACCGAGUUGGGAAUUGUCUCCCAAGAAACUGUGAACCAUUAAUGUAAUUAUUUUAAAGGAGAGAAAGAUAAUCUUUCCAGUUUUGUGAAUCAAUGAAGAAUACAGAAAAAAGAUUGUUAAUUUAGAGUUGGAUUGCUGUUUUUGAUGAGUAAGUGGGCAGACACAGACUCAGGGCCUGCAUACUGCUGUGAGAACCCCACAAGGACCAUGAUGAGCUGUGCCUCACUGCCUUGCUGUGACACAUCCUUUUGUUCUUUGCUGGGGGUGGGUGGUGGGACCAGAGUUCUGUAGCUCACCUGUGGGCUGUGGUAGCCACCUUCCAGCAUCAGUGUGCCCACACAUCACCAUAACAUCCUCCUGUGUGUGCCCACACAUCCACAGUCCCAUCUCCCUGUGGCUCCAGUACUGAGUCCUUCCCUGUGAAAUACCCUGAAUUUCCUGAAAUGCCCUGAAUUACCCAGCUCCUUCCCCUGAAUCUCCAUUACCCAAAUGGAUGCAGGUUAGUGCCUCCAUAUUUCUGUGCCUGGUUUUAAAAUGGAAAGAGCAUAAAAGCAAUCUGUUCUGGGUGGCUUUCAGAGGCAAUUAAAGCAGCUAAGUGGCUCUAAUUACGAGGGCCUGCUGCGGGCUCCUUAGGUAUAACAGCACCAUUUUCUUCAGAACAGUGGUUAUCACAUACAUAAUCAUGUUCAAUUCAUAUCAAGCCCCUGCAUAUUUCCAGCUGCCUUUUCCUUUGGCAGUGAGGACAAAGCUCAUUCUUUUUCUUUCAUUACACUUCAUUAAGUCUGGUGAGGGGCUGGAGGGCUGUUGAAUACUCUGAAUAUGGAUGAACUUUGCUCAGAUUCAAGGCUGGUUCAGUUCCUACUGCAAACCAGAGAUUUCCAAACCCAUCAGUUGCAGGGAAUUUUAGAAGCUAAGACAUGAGAAAUAAAAAUGAAGAAAGAAGUCUUUAUUUUCUUUUUUCCCCCUUGACUUGUUAAAAAAUAGAUCAAAACUGUUUUGGUCCUGCACUGAGGUAAAGGAGUGAGUUUAAAUGUAUUCCCUUGCUUUAGGGCAGCAGAACAGGGAACUUGCCCUUCCUGCAGCUCUGCAGCCUGGUCUCAGACUGGGCAGCAGAGGGUUAGGAGCUGGAUUUUGCACAUUCCAUAAACAGCAGGCUGCCAAAAUUCUUCCAAUGUAAUUUUUUUUGGGCCAAGUGGAGCAUCAGAGGCAGAGGUCUCCUCUCCAGCAGGGGUUGUGAGGAACACUGGGGGCAGGCUCUGGAGAAGCCUGUGAUGUGAGGGCUGUGUCCUGUGAGCACCAAUUCCUCCUCAAACUGAGAAAACUCAAGGGAAAGCUUUGGACAAAACAGAGAUCAUUUUUCUAGAAUCUUCUGUUGCAGCAAACUGACAAAGCACAGUUUAUCAGCAAGUACAUGGAUCAUAGAGUCUGGUCCUUAGGUGAAUGGCCCAUACAGGGACUGACCCCUCAACCCUGGCAUUAUUACCACCAUGCUUUAACCAUCUGAGCUGGUCCAAUGAACCACCAUAAACCCACUUCAGUUUAAGCCAUACUUCCAGGAUGAGUUCAGAGCAGGUCACUGCCUGGAAAAGGGGGUGUUUCAGCUUUUGUAUAGGAUAAAUGUAAGGAGCAGUUCCUACUGCCUGUUGUAGUUGCUUUAGGUAGUGCUUUCUGUCUGCAGUUUUAACCUUGUCCUUCCUAGACCCCCUUAGCUGCAAUGAUAUUUUCCAAAGUUGACCCAGAUGCUCACCCACCUCUUUGAAGCCUUCCAGGCUAUCUCAGGUAAGUGCAAAGUAGAGUUCCUUGUUGCACUACAGCAGCUGGCUGUUUGCAGCAGGGCUGGGCUGGGAUCCCUGUGCUGUCACCCUGCUCAGUGAUGGGCAGGCAGCCAUGCCCUCAGCCAUGGCCUCAAUGUGGCUCAUCCUCCUGAUGACCCCCCCUCUGACUGUGCAUGGGAGAUGUGUGAGUCAAAAACCUUUUGGCUGUGCACAUGGAAAUACAAAGUUCUGUCUUUUACUUUUUUCUUGAAACACAAAAGUUAAUGUGGAAUUAACCCGUGUCACUCCAUGAAACAACUGAGACUGGUAAUUGUCAGCAAAAGGAUUUGCUGGGCUCUCAGCUGUUGUGCAGCUUCUAUUUCUGAACUAAAUUGCUUGGUGAUCCAGACUGGCCAUGCAGCCUGUCUGCAAUUUUGUUGGCAUAGCAAAUUAUAGGAGUGAUGGCAAGUCUGGAGUGGUGUGCUCACAGACUGCCUGGGGAGAGGAAUUUUGGCACAACAGCUGCCAAAACAAGGGCAUCUGCAAGGUAAAAUCAGAGGAUGGAUCUGAGCAGAAGAGAAAGCUGCAUCUGGUGUAUUUAUGUUUGGAGUCUGGGAUAUGGGAUGUAGGAAUAAGGCCAUGAGCUCACACGAGGUACCAGACCUGCUGCAGCACUUGUCUUGGAAACAAUCAAUAAAUUCAGUCACAGACUGUUCUGGGAUGUGAGAACAGCAGGACUGGGCAUGUGAUUGAUCAAACAGCUGUUGCUGAAAUUAGCAUUUAUGGUGUUAAAAAUCAAAGCCUGUCUUGGAAAUCAAUUUGUUUGUUAAUUUGCUCUUAUUUUGUGGCAGUAAAUAUGUUGCUCACCAGGUGCUUUAUAAACCUAACCUUUGGUGUUAUUGGGA